GGUCGCACCCGAACUCUCACCCUGCGUGGACCAUUCGUGGACACCACGCACGGUCUGCCCGUGCCGUUCGAGACGGGAGUGCUACGUCGAAGCUCUCAAAGUUGCCGCCUAAACGCGUGUCGCCGCGUCUCUCUCUCUCUCUCUCUCCUCUCCCACCCAUCUUUCGUCUCCCUUUCUCUUUCUUUCGCCCUCUCGUUUCUCCCGUUCCUCCCGCCACCAUUUACCCGGCCGCUACGGCGUCCUGACACGCACCACUGGUGAUUCAGAAACCCACCGGGCUCGCUACGGCUCGAAACGUGUUCUCUUCGCGGACCAGUCUACUCCGCGGGAACUCGGCCAGUGUGAUCUGUGACAGUGAUCGCUCACACGCCUCCCCUCUCUUUUCACUGAAUCAGACUCCUCUUCUACCCGCCUGCUUCUCCCCGGUGCCCCUUUAGGUGGCACGCACUCUCCGUUUGCUGGUGUUCGACAAGGUUACGCAAGGCAGUCGCAGCAACGUGGUUGUCGAGGUGGACCCGGCCGUAACUGAGAAUAACAUAUCGUGUGCCAUUAUUGGUGUUUCAAUCUUGUGAUCCAAUUUUAUUUUGGGCUCUCCUUACUAUCCCAAUUUUCAUCCCCGUCCCAUUCUAAGAUUUCGGUUUGUACAAGCCGGAAACCCAUGAAUCUGCUGAUAGAAUGAUAAACGUGAUUUAAACAGACUCAUGCACAUAAUGCGAAUGGACUGAUGGACCCGCCUGGUUGGCGGGCACGAUAACCACAAUUCCGUUAUUUCAUUGUCGUUCGUUUUUAAAUACGAUAAUAUAUAACGAUGUCAACUUUGUUAAUAUGAAAAUAAUUGGAUGUAGGUAAUUACUUUCUGAUAUAUCUAUUCAAGGAUUUUUUAAAAAUCUCUUUAAUAAGUCUAUUUAAGCAUAUGCUUACUUUAUUACCUUUUAAUAUUUGCAAUUAAAUAUGCGUUCGACAUUGAAUGAUAAUUUAGUAGUCACGUUCUGUGAACAUUUAUUAAUCCCCGUAAUCAAAAACUUUAUAUUUAAAGAUCUAGAUUGCCUUUGUAAAACAAUAAUCAAACUGGUGAUUAACAAAUAUGUUGGAUUGUCUGACGGCUCCAAAAAAGAUUACAAUUUUAUUUUUUUUAUACUGUGAAGUGUUCCAUUUUCAAUUAUUGCUUGAAAGAUCUUUUUCAUAUUUAACGAUUGAGAUCUUCGGAGAAACAAAAAUUAAUGGGAUAUUAUAAACCUAUAAAAGACUUCAUAAAAAAUUAUGAAGUAUCUUACAUUUUUGUUUAUUUGAUUUCCUAGUCCUUGUAUUCGUAUUUUAUAUUUCCUCUUUUUUUUCUUUAUCAUUUUCUACCUAUCUUUGAGUUUGUUCCGACGCGACACAGGAUUCAACACGAUAUUCAAUGAAAAGAAUAAAAAAAAGUGGUCAAAGAUGGACAAAGUCUGACAGACUCGAACGACCUUGUAAGAUCAUUGACGAAUAAUAAUGUGCACGAAAUUUUUUAAUACUUUUUCGUCUUCUUAAAGAACUUCUUUAUGACAGAUAAAGAAUUAUACAAAUUUACAAUUACUUAUCUUCCAAUUGCAUGAAAAUUUCAAAAGACUAUUUUGAUAUAUACAAGUUGAAAUUAAUAUUCGAAGGAAUCUAAAUGAGACUUGUUAAAUGGGAUCAAACAACUUCGGAGAUUCGCAUUUCGCGAACACUUUGGACUCGUCUGAACGUGUCCUGAAAAAGAUUUUCCAAACGGCAUUACGUGAUGUGAUUGCGUAUGAUAUACAUAAUAGAAGACAAGUGUUUUAGUUCUUUCCCCUCUUUCUGAUCCACUUUCUACCUCAGAUUCUCCAUCCUCCUGCAGUAUCGCAAAAAACACGAAGAUUAUUUUAUCAAAUUGAAUUGUUUAAUGACAGUUAAAUUUUUAAAUAACGGUCACACAAAGUUAUCUUCAACUGACUGUUACGAGUCAUUCGGAGUAACGGUGGGUGAUCUGUGCUUUUAUCUCGCGUUUGAUUACUCCGUUGUCGGGCGGAAAUUUCGGAACGCGGAUUUCUCUUCUCGCAAUAUUUCCCGUGAUGACGCAAUGGAAUACUUCAGUAGCAUCGUUGCCAAUCUGGGUGCCGUCAUUGACAAAUGUGUGAUAGUGCAUCGUGACAGUGAACGAUACUGUUAAUAAGUGGAUGCGUUAAAGGUCCUGCAACGGGUGUGUGUGGGUGGCACACGGGCCUCGGUGGUGGUUAGACGCAACAUGCGGGAAGGUACAAUAGCGCAAGCCGUCACGGCAAUCUACUGGGCCAUCGCCAGUUAGCCACUUUACCUACUCUAUAGCUCUAUUCUAUCACCGCAUGCCAAACUAGAGGAUCCACCGCUCCGGAUUGCCCCCUCUGCGAAAAAACAACAAAGAGGCCGCCUCCAUGCAACAUGCAGAUGAUCCUGGUUGCUGGCGGAUCGCUGCCGAAACUCAGCAGCCAGGACGAAGAUGGGACAAACCCCCACACCCAAUACACAGGCGUCACACACUUCGAACCCAUACCGCACGAUCAUGAUUUCUGCGAAAGGGUCGUCAUCAACGUGAGCGGGCUACGGUUUGAAACACAGCUGCGUACGCUGAACCAAUUUCCGGACACGCUGCUCGGCGAUCCGACACGGCGGCUCCGAUACUUCGAUCCACUGCGCAACGAAUAUUUUUUCGAUCGGAACCGACCUUCCUUCGAUGCCAUACUCUACUACUAUCAGAGCGGCGGCCGCCUACGUCGCCCGGUCAACGUCCCACUCGAUGUCUUCUCCGAAGAAAUCAAGUUCUACGAGCUGGGCGAGAUGGCUACCAACAAGUUCAGGGAGGACGAAGGCUUCAUUAAGGAGGAAGAGAAGCCGCUGCCGUCGCACGAGUUCCAGAGGAAAAUCUGGCUCUUGUUCGAAUAUCCGGAAAGCUCGCAGGGUGCCCGGGUGGUCGCUAUAAUCUCCGUGUUCGUGAUCCUCCUGUCGAUCGUGAUUUUUUGCCUGGAGACGCUACCUGAGUUCAAGCACUAUAAAGUCUUCAAUACGACGACGAAUGGCACGAAAAUCGAGGAGGACGAAGUGCCGGACAUCACGGACCCGUUCUUCCUAAUAGAGACUAUCUGUAUCAUCUGGUUCACGUUCGAGUUAAUAGUGCGCUUCCUCGCCUGCCCAAAUAAAUUUAACUUCUUCCGUGACGUAAUGAACAUCAUCGACAUCAUCGCAAUCAUUCCAUAUUUCAUCACCCUCGCCACAGUAGUGGCUGAGGAGGAGGACACGCUGAAUUUACCCAAGGCGCCGGUAAGCCCGCAGGACAAAAGUACGAACCAGGCGAUGUCCUUGGCGAUACUCAGGGUGAUCAGGCUGGUCCGAGUGUUCCGGAUAUUUAAAUUAUCCAGGCACAGUAAAGGCCUCCAGAUCCUCGGGCGAACCCUCAAGGCCUCCAUGAGGGAACUCGGGUUGCUCAUCUUUUUCCUUUUUAUCGGUGUGGUGCUAUUCUCGUCGGCGGUAUACUUCGCGGAGGCCGGCUCCGAGAAUUCGUUCUUCAAGUCCAUUCCGGACGCGUUCUGGUGGGCCGUUGUCACGAUGACGACCGUGGGCUAUGGUGACAUGACGCCCGUCGGAGUUUGGGGGAAAAUUGUGGGCUCGUUGUGUGCAAUCGCCGGUGUUUUGACGAUUGCUCUACCCGUUCCCGUAAUCGUCUCCAAUUUCAACUACUUUUAUCAUCGUGAGACUGACCAGGAAGAGAUGCAAUCGCAGAACUUCAAUCACGUGACUAGUUGCCCGUAUCUUCCUGGCACUUUAGGUUUGAAGAAGAUUUCGAUGUCGGAAUCUUCGUCGGAUAUAAUGGAGUUAGAAGAAGGCACCCUGUUUACUCAUCCGGAGAUUACGAAGAAGUCAAAUUGCAAUCCUCGUCACAAUAACAAUAUCAAUCCAGCCUGCAUAAGCAUCGAGACUGACGUCUGACUACUAGUGAAGGAGACGGUGGCAGCGUGGUGGCCGUUAUUAAACCGGUUGUCAAAGGGCAACUGCAUCUCCCUGCGGUGCCUGACGUAGGCCUCCUUCACCCGUCAUCAUAGUCGUAAGUGGUUGGCAUCACUUGUCAGCCUGUCCAGGUCCGUCAUUGCGAGGGGAGUCUCAGAUCAAAUCACUCGAAAGAUCAUGACAGGGAUCAUGAUCCUUCGGGGAAUCGAUUGGAUAACUUUUUCCAUCUGAGACAUUGCGAGAAACAGAAGAGAGUGGGGUGGGUUCAAGGGUGUGUGAAGAGUUGAAGAUGGCGAUGAAUCUAUAAUCCUGUUCUCGAGACAUCGUCGCCGCGCCUUCCCCACUACCUUCUCAAUAAGCUUGCGCCCCGCGUAAGGACCCAUGUGCGAACGAAGGGGACGGGAUAUUCCUCGUCCGCGUGCAAGCGCGCACGCGUGCGGCCCAACCCCCGACACCACCGACUCCAGUGUUCAAAAAACAAAAAAUAAAGAUAUAACAAAUGAUAUCGAAGAAACAUCACGGCGAUUUCGUUAUAAGCGUUUGCGAGUGUCCCUCCGUCCUUACGGGCUCCUUCGCUUUUCAGAAUACCAGACGGGUGAAAUAGAGAAGGAGGAGCCGGUGAGUAGCGGAAGCAACAAAUGGGAAUCGUACCAGAUAAUACUAUAUUAAUAAUUAUCGAUAUAAAUUAAUUGAAUACCGUACACGUAGAGCGCGAGGGUAAAUUAACAAAGUGCGUUUUGGUUAAUCGCGAAUGUGAGGACAUUUAGAAAAUGAUGCUUGCGGAAACAAGAAAGUGAUAAGAAUCUUGUAAAAGAUGCAAGAAUGAAGAAUUGAACGAUGAUGACCACAGAUACGGAGGGAAAGGGGAAGAGAGAGAGAGAGAGAGAGAGAGAGGGGGGAAGGAGGCAAGAGGAAAAGAGGAAGAAAAAAAAUGGAGUGUGUGUACGGUGUAGUUGUUCUGUUCCUCUUUUUUUUCUUUUUUUAAACAAAAAAUAUAAAUAAGCCAAUUUUCGAAUCUAUUUGCCACUAUGAUAUGUUAUUCAACAAUGGGAUUUAUUUUUUUUUGUUUUGUUACAUUCGCGCACUUGCACAUGUAACACAUUUAAAUACUGAUAAAAUGAUAAUGUCAACAUUGAUUGAUGAAAUUGAAUUAUUUCUUAAAAACAAAAGAUAGAUAAAUUUCAGAUUAUUGAUUAAUGAUAACCAUAAUCAGAUAUUUGCAGAAAUUAUGACACAAAUCAUUUUUAUGAUAUCCACGUGUGAAAAAUUACUCUAGCAAUUCUGAAUUGCACCCCCGCUGCUUAAAAUUACUACCGUAAAAUUGUAAUAUGCAGAUUGCAUUUUUCAUGAAGAUUAUUUGCCAAUGUUGAAAUUACACAAUUUUAUAUUAUGUUUGUGUUUAAAACUCUUAUCAUACGAAAAAGAUAUCUAUUCGCUCAUUCGAAGUUAUCUUUACGCUUAAAUAUGUCCAAAUCGAAGGGUAGCAGAAAUUACAUAUUCAGUAUUAAGUGACGGGGGUGUACAUAUUCGUCUGAAUAGCGAAUUCUUCGAGAUAUUAUACAAUAAAUCAAAUAUGAAUACCAAGACAAUGCGGGCAAUUGUAACGAUAAGAAACGUCCAAAAAAAAAAAAAAUAAAACCGAAGAUGUCUGCCGAUGGCACGCGAAUUUUAUGUCGAAAUCAUAAUUUUAAUCUCUCAAAUGUGUAAUUUGAUAUUUUUGUCUUCAAUAUAUGCGAUAACGAUUUCCUGAAAGUCGUGAAUGAUUGCUUGCAGAAAAUAAUGAUGAUGAUAAUUAGCAUGCCCAAGUUUGAAAUAUGUAUGUUAAUAAUAAUUCAUAUAUCACAUUCUUCGUCUUUAUUAAAGCUCAAAGAUGGAAGAAUCACUAUGUGAUUUCUUAUGAAAAUAAUUUUUGAUGAUAAUUAAGCUAUCAGAGUAUCUCUUUGAUAAUGAAGAAUAGAAACUUGUAAAAUGUUGGGAGAAAGCUUAUAUAGCUCUUAUAGUUUUCCUCUUCCUCUUUUAUAAGUACAUUUUUUAUUGAAUUAAUUUUUUUUUUCUAAAGUGGUUUCUAAUUUGUUAAAAAAACAAUAUUGCCUAUGUUAUUUUGAUGACAAAGAUAAAGAAGCUGUUGUUUCGAGCUAUAAGUUAAAUACAAAUGUAAUUUGUGUCAAAAAGGAAGAGGAAGACAUGUGAUAUUGAGAUAAGCUAUUGUCUGAAGAACGAAUUGGCAUGCCAAUCGAUCCUCGCACUUAAUCUCACAGAGAGUUUUCUGUUCGUCUUAUUUUCGUACGACGAAAGUACGUCACAGAAUUGCCAAGACUGCCAUUUCACAUCUCUCGAUUUAUAUCGCGUCAAGGAAUAACCCCAAGUAUAUUUUACGGAGUUAAAUCGAUCGAUCUUCGAUAUGCUGAUUCGAUCUAAAUUCCAAGUCGACACAUGGGACGUAUCUUCGCUCGCAUAGAGUUCAAGAAUACAAGAGAGGAAUUUUCACAAAAGAGAUAAUAAUGCAAAGUCAUUAUUCUAUUUCUCAAAGUUAUCAAUUUUUGACAGCUGUUUGAUUUGUUUAAAAAGAAAAAGAACAAAGCUCACAUAAACUUUUUCAGUAUUCCUUUACCACAUGUUAAUUAUAUUUUUGGUUGAUUGUCAAAAAAUUAAACUUUAUUGAUAGUAGGAAGAUAGUAGAAAGCUAAUUAAAAAUUGCAGAGAUAAGAAUUUGAUUUCAAUUAUUGUAUUCAAUUUGCAUUGAAAAAGUUAACUAUUUUUAUUUAGAAUAGAAAAGAUGCAAGGUAUGAAAUUUGAGGCUGAUACAUAAUGAAGAGUUCAAAUAAAAUAUAGGGGCAAGAAUUUAAAAAAUUAGCCAAUAUUAACUUAAAGAAUAAAGUUGUUUUCUUUAUUCGCAGUAGUAUUCGUAACACACGAAAAAAUAGUUGCUAUCGAACGGUUAAGUGAAUGAAAUAAUCUCAGUAUCAUAAUUAUCUUUUAUAAUGUGAAAAUUAGCGAAAUGUUUAGAAGAGGCAUUUAAUUAGAAAAGUAACAUGAUUGAAAAGUCAGAUGUUAUUAACAAUCUUCAUUUUUUAGACCAAAAAUAGUUUUACAUUGUAAUUGAUAAAAAAGGAGUAUAAGGCUAUUGUAUUGAUUAUGGAUAUUGAUUUUUCAUUUUUUAUUUAAUGUAUUUAUUAAUGUUUGCUGAUACUAAUUUAUAUUGGUUGUUCUUCUAUUUCAUUGUGUAUCAGCCGUUUCAGACGAGCAAUCAAUAGGAUCACGUGGAAAACGACGAAACAAGUAACUAAUUCAAAGAGAAAAAA